UGCUGUCCGGCGUCUCGUCGAUCGCACGUCGUCCGUCAACACGCUUCGCAUUUUACUGUUCAAAGCUUCCUGUUACGUUUUACAAUCUCUUAAACUAUUCGCCAAGAUGUGAGAAAGGAAUGUGUCAAAGAGUGUGAGAAAAGCGCUUUCGCUUUGUUUUAUUUUUUUUUCCCGAAAAAGCGAGAACUUCCUGUCAAGGAGCGUUCGUCGGUGUGUUCGAUUUCGUUUGCAAAUAAGCGUCGAAAAUGAAGGCGUUACUGCUCGCAGUUUUGCUCCGUUUCCUCGGCAUCGCUUGCGGGAACAAAAUUUUCGAAGCGAAUCCCGAUACCAAGAGACUGUACGACGACUUGUUGUCUAAUUACAACAGACUGAUACGGCCGGUUGCCAACAACACAGAGACUCUGACGGUUUGGCUGGGGCUGAAGUUGACGCAGAUAAUAGAAAUGAAUCUGAAGAAUCAAGUUAUGACAACGAGUGUCUGGGUGGAGCAGAAAUGGUUCGACUACAAAUUGACGUGGGACCCGCAGGAAUACGGCGGUGUAGAAAUGUUAUACGUACCCUCCGAGAACAUAUGGCUGCCGGAUAUUGUGUUGUACAACAAUGCGGAUGGAAAUUACGAGGUGACGUUGAUGACAAAGGCCACACUGAAAUACACGGGCGAGGUGUCCUGGAAGCCGCCGGCCAUUUACAAGUCGUCCUGCGAGAUCAACGUCGAGUAUUUUCCGUUCGAUGAGCAAUCGUGCAUCAUGAAAUUCGGCUCGUGGACGUACAACGGCGCUCAGGUGGAUCUGAAACAUAUGAAACAAGAGCCUGGCAGCAACGUUGUUGACGUCGGCAUUGAUCUCACCGACUUUUAUCUGUCUGUUGAAUGGGACAUUCUGGAGGUGCCGGCAACACGCAAUGAGGAAUAUUAUCCGUGCUGCGAGGAACCGUACUCCGAUAUCACGUUCAAUAUUACGAUGAGAAGAAAAACCUUAUUUUAUACUGUCAAUCUUAUUAUUCCCUGCGUCGGUCUGACGUUUUUAACGAUACUGGUGUUUUAUCUGCCUAGUGACUCUGGCGAAAAAGUAUCACUUUGUUCCUCCAUUCUCCUCUCGUUAACGGUGUUCUUCUUGCUCUUGGCCGAGAUUAUUCCGCCCACAUCACUGGCCAUACCUUUGCUGGGAAAAUACUUAUUGUUCACUAUGAUUCUGGUUACUCUGUCCAUCUGGAUUACUGUUUGCGUCUUAAAUGUACACUUCCGAUCGCCUUCCACACACAACAUGUCGUCAUGGGUAAGACAGAUAUUUUUGAAUUGGAUGCCGCGAGUACUGAUGAUGCGUCGGACGCCAUACUCUACGCCCGAAUACGACGACACUUACAUGGACAGCGCGUAUACCAAUGAGAUAGAUUUCAGUGUAAGCGAUUAUCCUAUGGAACUGAAAGGCAGUCCGGACGUGUUUGAAAGCGUCACUACUACAUAUAAGAAUAUCAGAGACGACGGUGCACAACACGCACCGCAUACAUCGGUUUCUGAUAGCGAAAAUACUGUGCCUAAACAUCUCUCUCCGGAGGUCAUAUUAGCCCUCAAGGGUGUACGUUUCAUUGCUCAACAUAUAAAAGAUAACGACAAAACUAACGAGGUGAUUGAAGACUGGAAAUUUGUCGCUAUGAUUUUGGACAGAUUCUUUCUUUGUGUGUUCACGAUCGCGUGCAUCAGCGGCACGGUGGCCAUAAUAUGCCAAGCGCCCAGUCUGUACGACACACGAUCUCCCGUGGACAUAAAGUACUCAAAAAUAUCAUUGCGCAAUUACAUGUUACCGCCGAAUUCAACAUUUAUUGACGAGGAAGCGACAUAAAAUCUGCAUAAACACGCUUGUGACACCAAAGUAAGAAAAAAACACGUUACACAUAUACGCCAUCAGUUGUCCGCGUGCGGUAAAACGUUUUUGCGACUUUUCCACAUUCUACACGUUUGUAUACCGCAGACAUUUUCGUCCUCACUUUUUUCACAAAAAAAAAAAAAAACUAAUAUUUCC